CUGUCACUUUGGGUCAUUGGGUCAGUGUUAACUACCCGACCAUGGCGGCCACCAGCGGCGGGCCUCUGGAGACAAAGCGCUGCCUUCGGUUGUCCCUUGCCUGGCGGCUGUACCUGUACGCACUUCAUGGCUACUUCAUCGAGGUCACCUUCACCGCCGUCUGGGAUCUGCUGGUGAAUGGAAGCCUCGAGCUGCGCGGCUUCAGCAGUGUCUGGAGCCUUGCCAUCUACUCCAUUUCUUGCAUCGCCAUGGAGAAGAUCAACAGCUUAAUGCAAAGGCGGUGGCUUCUCGCUAGAGCGCUGGCUCACACUUGCUGGAUUUACGCCUGGGAGUUCACGACGGGCUCUGUGCUGAGGUCUAUGGGGUCGUGUCCCUGGGACUACCGGGACUUCCGGUACAACAUUUACGGUUUGGUGACACUUGAGUACGCGCCACUUUGGUUCUUGUGCGGACUGCUCUUCGAACUGCUCCUUGUGCCCAACAUGAACAGGCUGGUGUGGAUGUGCGAACAAGCCGAAUCUGUAGUGGACGUGAGGGACGGCUUUGCCGCAGCCGCAGCGAGGAACGGAUUCAUCGCGUGGAAGAGAAAAUAGGGAGCUGUAGUUUGUAUGCGUGAACGGCCUAAAAAGCGGCUGAUGCUGGUGAAAUGCCUCUGCAGCACGUAGUCGUUAAAACGGAACCGUUCAUUCUUUUGGUUCAACAAGAAUGCACAUGCAAUACGAGAACUAUUCUAACGCGCUGCAGUUCAGCAAAACGUCACAAGAUGUCGAUAACAGCUUUGUUAGUGUCGUUCACAUGUCUGGUAAACCGGUGUUCUGUGGCGAGUAAUACGUUUACGGGCAAGCAAGAACUCUCUAUUAAUCAUAACAAUCUGCUCCGCAGGUGAUGCUAGGCUGAAACACAUGGUUCACGUCGCCAGCAAGGUCUUUUAACGCAACAGCGUUAAGGACCCCGUGCCGCAGAAAAUCCGGCGUUGGCGUCCAGCGUCGGACGUCAAAUUUCAAACCACACAUACCGAACUUACCGAACUAAUUGAAUUUCUCAAGAUAAAAUACGUAGAAAUAUUAUAAAGUAUGACUUACACAUAACCUACAGACAUGAUAGCGUCGGAGUGUAAUUUAAAUAUGCGAGAAAACAUCAUACUGAUGAGCGAAUACCCAAACGAACCCCUUUACCAACGUUUUUACCAUUCAUAGACCGGCCGCGGCGUCCGCCAGUUUCGUGCGCCGGCGCGCAAAUAUCUUGGAGGCCACGGAGCGGCACGCCCGGUUCCUUGCAACACCUUCCGAUGGCGCUCUCCUCCGCCUCAUCGCGGCCCACGCAAGAGGUCGCGUUUCUACCAGAAAGCCCACCUUAGUGCAUAGCGUUCGCCGCCAGCGUUUCCCGCUGACAUUACGGUUACAUACACUGCAGUUGCUGGGAAGUGUGACAAGCAGUCAGGGAUAUGUGGAUGCUAUCGCGUUCCACUCUUAAAGGCGAAGCUGAAGCGUCCCCCAAAUUUUCCUCCACGUUUCACGCUGGUGCGUUGCCCUUUGGAACUCUUCAAGAAGAGCGACGUUUUUACUUGAAAUCAUCCCUAGCGUUAUUACUGGUUCGUAAAACCGCUUGCCUAAUGCUUAUUGCGUUUAAGUCUAAUACCGGAAAAAAGAAUCAAUAAAUGAAACAAUAGCACACCGAAAUAUCGAAGGCACAGCUGCCAUUCGCCGAGUGCUUGAUAGAUGGCGUCACAAUACUGCACCGCAGCAACACAGACACUUCAGCAAGACGGGUGUUAUCUACGUUUCGCUGACGAAAGUGCCUCCACAUGUGAGGUGAUGCGGUGAUUGAUAAGCAAGAACACGUACGCCAGCGGUGCAUGCACAAUGUGAAAUACGUGACGUGAGCUUAAGGGGAACAGACAGACAGACAAUGAACUUUUAUUGAGGUCCUGAGGGACUAGCCGGCGGAGACCCGUUGGGGUCCCGCCGAAGGGAAAAUUGUUUUUAUAAACCGCUGGGCUGGCAAACCCGAAAUAUAUAUAUAUAUAUAUAUAUGUAUAUAUAAAUGCCGAAUAAGUGCACCGUGGGAUUUGUUAUGAGCGAAGCCUCCUGUGAUUGAUUAAUGUGGUGAAUUGGGCGUGCUGGUACAUAUUUGAAAAAGCGGCAGCGCAAAAGAAAAGAAGAAAAGGAAACCGACGGAUACGAGACGACAAGGACGAGAGCUGUGCUGGUUGCUUUGAUUGACGAUAGUUAGUAGUGAUGUUCACGGCGGUUGUUUGUUUUCAUCGCUUAGUGCCAUACGAGAAUGGUGUGUUGAUGUUAAACAUACUUUGCGUGCACCAUUUCUGUUUGUCUGCGUAGCACACAGAACACACAUGGCGCCAUGUUUCCUUGAGGCGUUGUUGUGCGCCAUUGUUCAUAACUUCUGCGAGGCUUGAGCAUUGUCAUUGCCUCAUAUGGCCCAUCGCAUCAUGGCAGAAGUGUGAAGCCUUAAUUGGACUUUGGGGCUCCUUCACAAUUUCGUUGCAGUGGUUGUCCGUCAAGCAGCCACCGCGCUCUACGAGGAGCACGGUGACGAGCCAAUCCGAUGUGCUGCUCAUUGUUUUCGAUGGCGCGUAAUCGGCACAACUGAGCUACAGCAGCUUCGCCCCCCUCACCCUUCACCUGGAAGUUUGCACGUUAGCUAUAGUUGCACGCUCGUGUGACGAUCAAAGUUGGAAGUUGCGCUUGAGAGGCACGGUUGCUGUCAAGCAGAGUUUUGACGAUUACCGUCACUAAGGCGCCAAUUAUUACGUGCUUGUAACAGGCCUGGUAAUCGCGACUACAUCUACGGCGCGACAUCUGGCGGUAAAGUUAACACUCCAGAGUAUACUCAGCGCAAGGCACUUUUAAUGCGAAAGCAUUAUAUGCCACAUUACGCGAAAAUCCAGCGUCGUCGUCGUCACCGAUCGAUGGUGCCAAAGUCGCGGACGGCGCAGAGUAGAAAAUACACGACAAAAAUGUUCGGAUGGACGUCACAUUUCUCAGGGGGGGUUGCUAUUAACAAAGUAGACUAAUGGCUUUCACAAUAUAAUUUGGUACAUAUCGGACUGGGUGGGGGUCGAGCCAGCGUCUUCGGGGUGAGAGACGAGCACGAUUCCCAGACGCCACGGCGGCUCUGGUUCACUAAAGGUGUGGCCUACAGUGCGUGCGCCAUUGGUCACGUGACGGCGCAGCCAAUAGGCACGAGGCGGCUUCACCUCGUGAGAUGAGUGUGUAAAAUGAGGGCGCUGCUUCCCACGCGUCACUUGCUCUUCGGAUGUGAUCGGUGCUGUGUCGACGGACUCUGAAGUGUCUACCUCAGCGGCAGCUCACGAAACUGUGGCCAACGUAUACGGAAGCACAUACGCCGAAUCAGCAGAAAUAACUUUGACGAAAUAGUUCUGCGGAAGCCCCGCAAGGUGGAGAGAGGUAAUUAUAAAGGGGUAAUUAUAAAGCGGCUGCCCCGGAAAGGCGGUGGUCCCGGGUUCGAGUCGCGGACCAGCGACGAAUUUUUCUUCGACUGCGACGCUUUUCUUUCGAAGAACCCGUAUGGGUUUUCUUUGUAGCAAUUGCUACGAACGGGUGGGUGUCUAAUUUUCCCUUUAUUAGAAAUAACUUUAAUGCACGUCGAAAACAUUUCACCAAAGUGACUAUAAUGCUUUCGCAAUCCCACACAUAUCGAGUCUUAAGUGUCUCUGUCGAAUAUUCUUUUUCUUUAGUUUCAUGUAACAGCUGUGUAGGGAAAUCACGUAGGCAGAUGAUAUUUUAUUAUUGCUGCAUUAUUUACAGCAAGACCAACUAAAUAAUUAUCAUGGAAACAUCUGCGUUGUACAGUUUGGCUAUACAUAAUGUAGUAUUUACAACAAAAGAAGAAUAGAAGGCUACAUAAAUGCUAAUUAUUAAGAUACAUACUUUAUUAUUGCGCUAUGUACCAUACGACAGCGGCAGGAAAGCAAGGACACUCGUUUGUCCUUCAUUUCCUCUCCUUGCGUCAUUUCGUAUACAAGAAGGGAUGCAAAGGAGACUGCUUCAUUAUCUUUUAACUAUGGGCGUUCUUGUACUGCAGCAACCGAAGAAAAUAACAGAAGAGGAAGAAUUCGCUGCUUUGUUGUUCACUAGUUUACUUGCCCCAGAUAUUUGAAAUGGCAUGAGAGCAAGCCCGAAUGUUUACCUCAGUGAAUUUAAGCGUGCGCUAGGAACUCCAACGCUGUUACAGUCUAAUAGAGGGACAAGCUUGUUGCGCUUAUUUUUGUGAAAGGGUUCUACAAAAGUAGGAGCCAGUCGCUGCCAAUGAUGAUAACAAAUGACCAAAAUCAGAUGAAAUGAGCCCGUACAAAGUGCGGCACCUGGAAUCUAGCGCAGAGCUCUCGUUCAGCCACUAUAGAUUGUCGAGGUGCUCCGUAAACUGGGUGAUGCUCUAACGCGAGGUCGCACUCGCCGAUGGUCGUGUCUCCGCCCCUUCCGAAGCUCUUAAAUGAUGAGGGCUUUGUUUGUGAAUGGCCCAGCUGGGAGGAAUAAUCCCAGGCCGCUGUAACUGGGGCGGCGCGGCAGCGUGCGGCUGUCGGCCAGCGUCCUGUUCGGGCUCGUUGCGGGCGUUGACAUUGUUCUGCCUCGCUCAGCUCUUCUGGCAUGGGGCGAAUGACACACCAGUGGAGGUUAGCUUUUUUCAGCUAGUACUGAAAGUGUUACCCAGACGGAGUUUUACAGGUGAAUGUCGCAAGGAUAGAGUAUCAACAGCACCCUCGUCCUCGUUUUAGGCAACAAGUAGUCGACACUUGCAGAUUUUGCGAUGGCAACCACCCAGACAUAUGGUAGGUUCCCGCAUAUAAGUCAUUGAGCAAAUUAUCGACAUUUUCCAGAAAGUGGGCUUCAGUGCUGGAUAGGGGUGGAAUGCAAAAAAAAAAAAAUGUGUACCGUGAUUUUGGAGAUGCUAAAGGACCGAUGGUAAUCAAAGGUCUUUCACUAAGCUGUACUUCACAGCUCGUUGCGCCAGUUUCGGAACGUUAAACCCACAUUUUUAGGGCUAUGGUAGGUACCGGUGGAACGUAAAGCGAAAAUAAAUAAAUAAAUAAAUAAAUAAAUAAAUAAAUAAAUAAAUAAAUAAAUAAAUAAAUAAAUAAAUAAAUAAAUAAAUAUUUUAGAGAUUACCUAGGCUCUGAACUUACAAAGCAAACAGCAGCAUUCUGCAACAUUGAAGAUCACCAUCAUGCUUUUGCUUACCCAGCUUUUAGCUCGGAAAUGUUUUAUGCCGGGUUCUCCCAAAAAUCUGCGCCAUGUACGUGCGUCACGCGAUCAUCACACAAAACCGAGAGAUGGCAAUGCUUUGCCCUUCUGUGUCUACAUAAUGAUUAAGAAAAGCAGGCAUAGCAAGCUUAGAAGGCUUUACUUCAUUAAAGGAAUUGUGCUCUUAAUGACUUAUAUUUGUUGCAAUACGAACGUUUAGAGAUUAUUUCUUCUAUUACUGAAUAAUUUCGUACACAGCAUGGCCGGCAGAUGGACACCUAUACAGGGUAGUAAAAAUAGCAGUGCUUGAAAGUGUCUUUCCGUGUAACCACCACAUCCUUGGUAUAACUGAAAGCCAGCUUGAUUUCCGCGUCACUUCUCGUAGUUCGCCUGCAUAGGCGACGAGUCGCCGGUUGGGAACACGUGUUUUUGGUGUUCGUGUUGGAGUGAACCUCGGCGUGUGAUCUGUGCGCUCGAUCUUGCGGUUACUCUGUGGUUGUGCUACUAUGCGAACAGAGAGAGAGAGAGAGAGCGUGAGCGUGUUUAUUGAAGUGUUGUGCGCACGCGCAAAGUACUGCCACAGCUGCCCGUGUUCUUCCUGAAGGAAGCAAGCCGCCGUCACAAGUUGUUACAGGAAAUACUUGGAAGGAAUGCCACUCCGAUUGGUAAAGCACUAAUUAUUAAAAAAACAUAAUGCUGCUGUCCGCCAACCACACCCUUGUCAGCAUUUCUCGACAGUUUACUGCUGCUUGACUGCAGCGUUCCAAAAUACGUUACCGAAAACUGCGCACUGUCUAUUGUCGAUUGUGGAAAGCAGUGUCACGGCCGCGCGAUGCAAAGCAAGGUGCUGUUGGAUCGAGCGGCCGUGGCGGUGUAAUGGCUUGAAGUACAUACUUAUAGCUUGAGUUUAGCGGAACAAUGAACGCUAGGCUUUCAUCAGGGCGAAUAAACAAAAAUAUCGCCAGACUGUUGUAGGCGUCACUUUAGUCAAUCUUGUACUCCCGACGUAAAAGGAGCAAUUUUUGCUAUUCCACUGCAGCGUAAUUGGUGACGUGACCGUCGGAGAGGGAGAGAAAAGAACUUUAUUUUCAUGUUGGGUGAUGCGGUGGAAAGGUCCUCAGUACAGAGCCUCGCUUGUGGCAUUCUUCAGUGCAGCACUGAUAAACGCCGCAAGUACCGUUCAUCGUCGGCGCUAGUUGCUUCCGACAGCCAUCCGACAAGGGGUUUAAGAGAAAGAUUUGUAGGGCAGGCAGAAGAGGUGGUGGUGGUCUACAGGACCAGAGGAUACGGGAUGUGUUCGGGCGUUCGCCACAGUAUUGGCAGGGUGGGGCGUUCUUCAGGUACGAGGCCGUGGAGGAGGUGCAUUCGCGCUGGCGUAUGGAAUGUUUCAGUCUGGGCCUGAAGAAUCAGUACACAGUGCCUAUGGAUGAGCUUUUACUGAGCUUGGGAAACUUGCGUCUUGCCUCUUGAUAAGGCCGCAGAAGCAGGCGAGCCGACCUUUUCGUCUGGGCUGGUCGCGGAAUGUAGGGUGCCUGGUUCAAUGUCUCGCAGGCGAGCUGAUUAGCUCUUUUAUUUCCCGGCAGCCCGUCAUGACCAUGUAUCCAGAUGAUUUCUAAAGAACCCUGAAGGUGCUCUUAAAUAGGUGUGGAAAUGUGGGCCGGGAGAUCGUUGUGCAACAAUUUCCUGCAAGCCACCAUGGGGUAGGCAAAUAUGAUUCUUGGGUAGGCUCAGAUACUAGGGGUAUGUGUUUGGUCGCGAUUGCCAUGGUUGCCAGCUCCGCUAAGGUCGGAUUUGUCUCUGGGAGUGCCUCCGUAUGUAAAGUUUGGAGGUCGUUAUUCACGACUGCUACAGCGGAGCCCCAUGCACCAACGAUAGCAUCAGUGUAGAAGUAGAUGCCGUCAGGGUGUCUUGCCGUGUACCUCUUGAAGUAGGCAACUCGCUGGCAUAGCCUCUCCUUGCCUCGUUCUGGAUUAUUGUGGCGUGGCAGUGGAGCUAUGGUUAGGAGUUCGCGUUGUUUCGGGGGUAGUGGGCGCGUGUCCACAGUAGGCGCAGCUUCUGGAUGAUGACUGACGCUAUGGAGGAUGUGUGUGCCUUAACACGUGCGCUGCAAACGUAGUUAUUGGUGACUACGAUGAAUGCUGACUAGUUUCGCCACCGUGUUAGGGCAACCGAUGUCAAAGAGGCGCUUAGUGCUGGCACUAAACGGAAUGCCGAUCGCCAGCUUUGUCGCCUUCCGGAUGAGCGCAUCAAGGUGAUUCAUAUCUUUCUGACGGGGAUUGGUAUACGGCAGGUGAUAACGCAGGCUCGACAUAAUUGGUGCGUUUCGUAUUUGAAGCAUAUCCGCCUCCUUCACUCCAGUGAGCCACUGGAGACUCUACGCAUCAUGUGCAGCACCUGUUCUCCUUGCCUGAGCAGGUGCUGCACCGUCGCAGCGGGACCUAUAUCUUUCUGGAUAUGGAGAAUGAGUAUCUUAAUACAUUUUGGCUGGGAAAUCGGCACGCCUUCGCUUACAAUUUGUAUGGCGGGCGGUCGCCAUGUUUUGUGAUAGAUCAGUAGCAACUCAGAUUUUUCUGGCACACAUCCUAGGCCAAUAGUUUGAGCACCCUCACGCACCCUGUUCAUAGCCUGUUGGAGAGUUUCUUGAAUGUGUCCUGGCGAACCCGUGCUGAUCUAGAUGGCAAUAUCAUCUGCGUAUAUCGCAUAUUUGAUGUCGCGGAUGUCUCGUAGCGUUCUAUGGAAUGCGCACGUGGCAUGAUUAAAGAGUGUGGUCGAGAUCGCUGAACCCUGCGUGAUAUCUCUCUGCGGGUGGGGAUACCGUUGUGAGGGGAUGUCGCCUACUCGUAGCGUAUACGGGCGACUCCGUAAGAAGCCCCUGAUAUAAUUAUAAAGCUUGGUUCCACAGCCAGUAGCUUCGAGAUCUUGCAGCAUAGCAUCGUGGUUAGCAUAGUCAAAAGCUUUCUUGAGGUCGAUGGCAAGAAUAGCUUUAAGCUGAGCGCUGCUUGUUUCCUUCGUGAUUUCUUCCUGUAACUGCAGCAGAACGUGUUGAGCAGAUAAGUGAUGUCUGUAUCCAAUCAAAUUAUGGGGUAGGUGUUGGGAUUUCUCAAGGUGACCAAGAAGUCUGUUAAGCACGACACGCUCCAUCAGCUUACCGACGCAGGAUGUUAGCGAUAUUGGACGCACAUUCGCUGUUGCUUGCCAGGCUUCGGAAUGAAAAUGAUGCUGGCUGUCUUCAAUUUUUCUGGCAAGCUUCCCGUGUCCCACGCAUUAUUAAUUUGCUGAAGUAAGAAUGCAUGAUCGGCUUCUGUAAGGUUGCGGAGCUGUGUUGUCUUAACUUGAUCUGGUCCUGGCGCUUUAUUCGGCUUUGCUUCUGCUAAGGCACGCUGUAAUUCCGCUGGUGUGAUUGGGCCGAUGGGACCCUCAUUUUCUGGCUCUGUGUUUUGUAGUCAGCAUACUGUGGUUGUGCUGGAUCCGCAAUGUUGAAUAGUUCGUCGGUAUGCUCAAAUGUUUCUAGCAGCUUCCGGAGCUUAUGGGACGUUUGUGUCUUUGUGUGGGUUGGGUCAAUGAGUUAUCGGAUGAGAUUCCACGUGGGGCUCAUAUUCCGUGCGUCGUUGAGCUUGUCGCACGCAUCGUACCACUGCUCCCGAGUCAGAUGUUCAGCGCAGUGGACGCUGGAACGAUCUGCUCGUUGAGCGUGCUGAUGCGUGAUCGUAGUUUGCGAUUGAGCUUAUUUCUUUUCCAUCUCUUGAUGAAGGCAUGUCGUGCCUCCCAGAGAUUAAGAAGAUGCUUGUCCGUGCUUGGUUGCUCCAACUUCUAUAUUCUCUCCUUCGUGUGUCUCUGGAUUCGUUGCCUGACCAUCUCUACCCAAUCUUUCAGGUACAUGUUUUGGAAGUCUCCUACAUGUGUCUUGCGUAACUCAUUCCAAUUCGUGAGGCAAUGCUUGCGCUGGCGCUUUGGGAAUCCUUUGAUAUGCAGAAAUAUCUGUAUGACAGUGUGGUCACUCGUUAAGGUAUCGUGCGUGUUAACCCAUUGCGCUGACAGUCGUCCUUUAAUGAAGGCCAGACCGGGCGUGGUAUCUCUUUCUACGAAGUUUCCGUGCCGCGUUGGGGAGUCAGUCUCGUUAAGGAGAGUUAGCUGGGCUGACCGUCGGAGGAAAAGAUUUCUUACGCCUGAGAGGCGCUGGUCUAACUAACCCAGUCGGCGUCUACAGCCAACGGCGUUUCCAAUGCGUGGCGCUGGAGCUCUUUCGAAGGUGACAACCGUCACCGCUCAGUGGUGCUGCUGCCUCACUCAGCUUACCUUGCUCGCCGACGCCGUUGCACUGCCACAUGUGCUCCCAGUGUUUCAAUGAUACACGCCGCGCUGUCGUGUUUUGAGCAGUCGCGUUCACCCACUAACUCGGAACUUAGAGAUAAAAGAGCUGAGAAAGGUAGGGAGGUCAAGAAGCGAGUGGUUAUAGGGUUGUUGGUACAGGCGUAGGAAGGGGAGGAGGGGUUGGGGGUGAAUGAUAAUUACAUUAUCUACAGGAAGAACUUGAAAUAGUGAAAUGCUCAUUAUAAAUUAUGCGAUACCAGAAGAAAACAAUGUGUUGCAUAGACAAGCGAUUCCUGACUUUAUCUUUUUUAUGAUGUACGCAUAUUCCUUGUGCUUCGCCAUGCGUGUUGUGGAAUUAAAAUAUUAGCGCAGA